AUGUCCCAGACCUCGUUGUUCCUGUGCUACUGUCCCGACAGGACUGGGCCAGGCGUGCUCGAGACCAGGCUCAAGGUCCGCGCAGAGCACUUUGAGGGAUUCAAGAAGACCAUGGAGGCCGGCAAUGCUGGUGGGGGGAGCGACACUACAACACUGACACCAGAGUUUGGCCGUGCGUUCCUGCCGUCCCCGGGCGACGCCCUCUACCACCCUGAACGUCUGUCGGUCCUCCCGCCCAACGUCCAGCCCAUGGCCGGGAGCGUCAUGAUGCUCCGCUACCCGAGCCUCGAGGAGGCGUGGGAGCGCGUCAAGGCCGACGUGUAUUGGACUGCGGGGGUGUGGGACCACGACCGCACGUUCGUCACGCACAUCGCCGACCCGCCGCCCGCGGGGACGGUUCCGGGCGUGCCGGAUGCUGCGGCGAUUGGGUCUGGUCGCUAG